AUGCGUCCCACCAUCUCUACCAUCGCGGCGGUCGCCGCAGGCCUGUUCGCCUCGGCAGUGUCCGCUCAGAGUCAAGUUGCUAUCUACUGGGGUCAGGGUGCUUACCAGAGGGAACUCAGUGUUGUCUGUCAGGACCCCAGUGUUGACAUUGUCAACAUCGCGUUCGUCAAUGGUUUUCCGAAGGACAGCAACAAGUACCCCGACUUAAACUUUGGCAACGCCUGUGGAGGCUUCACCUUCCCGAACCCUGACGGGACACCUAGCAACUUUCUUGGAAGCUGCGACACUAUCACUCGAGGUAUCAAGACUUGCAAGCAGAAUGGCAAGAAAGUCCUGCUGUCCCUCGGUGGUGGAUAUCCUACCGACUACUACCUUGCCGACCAGCUCGCCGCACAGUGGCUCGCAAAGGUUCUGGUAGAAGCCUUCGGUCCCAAGAUGGAGAGCUCCACCAUGCCCCGUCCUUUCGGCGAUGACGUUGCAGUGGAUGGUUUCGAUCUCGACAUCGAGUCUUCGACCGCUGUUGGCGACCAGAAGUUCCAGUUCUACGGCGACCUCGUCAAGUAUAUCAAGCAGAGGAGCCCAGGCAUGUUGAUAUCCUCGGCUCCCCAGUGCGUUGUUCCCGAUGCCCACCUCGACAAAGCCAUCGAGGAGGCUCCCUUCGACUACGUAUUCGUACAGUUCUACAACACCGAUGCGUGCUCUGCUAUGAGGGGCUUCACGGACCUCCGGGCGGGCACUGACACUGGCUUCACCUGGAAUACCUGGACAGAGAAGCUACAGAAGCGUUCAGCAAACCCGAACGUCAAGCUCUUCCUGGGACUAUCUGCUGGCACCAACGGCGCAAACCCAAACCACUACCUCCCGCCCACCGCCGCGAACUACUUGAUCAAGGACCUCAAGAACAAACCGCUGUUCGGUGGUGUCAUGCUCUGGGAGGCUACCGUCUCUCAAAACAACACCAUGUUCGACCAGCCGUACUCCCAGUGGAUCAAGUACAGUCUUGAUGGU